AUGGCCAUCCCCUUGCGUGUCCCGCUGACCAGCCGCUACAUCUCCGAGUCGCAUGUCCAGUGCCGAGCUCCAGGUGUCGCACUGGCAGAUGCCGUCGUGCCAGAAAAUCCGCCGGAAGCAGAGGACAUGUGCGCCCUCUACGCGUCGCUGCAGGAGCAGAUCAACACGCUAAGAAACAUCGUGAAUGCCAUGAAGGUGGAGCAGCUCAGUGCGCGGGUUGGCAGCUCUUUUCCGGGAUGCCCAGAAGAUUGUGAGGAGAAGAACCUCACCUUCUCGAAUGGAAGUCUGGACACUUGGUACAGAGAGCAAGAUUUCAAUGACACCGACGACAUGCCGCCUUGGUCGCCGGACAAUAUGUCUUACGAGGCAUCGGUACAGCCAGCAAGCGCAGAGCAGGUGCGCCUGGAAGCACAGCAGAGUCAGCUUAUCUUCGAGGCCGGCAUUGCCUACUUCGAGUGCGUGGCGCAGCUGUCGGCGCCCCGUGUGGUGGAGGAGCGGCCUCUGGGAGGCUUCCUCCUGGCCUCCGUGUGGUCUCCGAGGCUCUUGGAUGCACAGCCCACGGCCCUGGGCUCUGAUGCAUUUCCUGUGCGGCUUCUGCCACGGUUGGGGAUUUCCUCUGUGCGCCCAGAUUCGGGGCCCGUUACUGGAGGAACUUUGAUAGCCGUCGUGGGCAAUGGCUUCUCGCAGCAGGGGCGCCUGUCUUGUGCAUUUGAUGAUAACUUGUACAUGCCCGCCCGCUUCUUCAACGAGAGCUUGAUCUACUGUACAACGCCCGCCUACCAUCCGGCAGGAGUUUCGAAGCUAAAGGUGGCAAGUUGGUUGCACGAGCUCUCGGUGACGUCCGUGGACUUCACUUUCUAUCCCAAGUGGGCUUUCUCACUGCAGCAGGAGGCCACAUGCUUUUCGGGCGACAUCGGGGACAGCGUGGUGUUGUAUGCUCGAGAGGCAGAGUUCCUUCAGUGGCAAUACUCGGUUUACGAGGCGUUGUGCAUGUUCACCGCUGUCGGUCCACCCAUGGGAGUCUUCAACACCAAGGCCACGAUUUAUGCUUGGAACGACACCAUGAGGGUGGUCUGUCCUUGUCCGCCUCUGCCGAGCCCGCAGAAUGGGAUUGGGGAAUCGAUGAACGUCUCGAUCUCCUUGGAUGGGAAAGCCACGGUCAGCGAUGUGCUCGGCCAGCCGGUACGCAUCCUGCCGGCACCAACUAUUGUCGACAUGACCCCUACGGUGUGGACGACGGGGGAGUCCUUUGAGCUGAAGAUCACCGGGAUUGAUUUCCCAAGAUCGGAGGAGGUGGAGAUGGCUUGCAUCUUCUUCGACCACUCGUCCCAAGGUUACAUCUUCGAGGCCUUUGGCGUGCAACAGGAGCUGAUGUGGCGGAAUCUGGUGCAGGACACCUGCCUGGCCGUUCCAGAAGUGCAGUGGACGCACCAAUGGCAAGAUGUUCGAGAGCCGUUUUGUGCACAUGCAGGUGCUCCCAUGAACUGGAGCGGAGCCUUAGCCAUGAACUUCGCGGAAUGGCUCUCGGACAGCGAAAUUCGGUGCAAUGUCCCACCUCUGGCGAUGACGAUGAGGGGGAACUUGACGACGAACCGUUCGCUGAUGGUGUUCCUGGCGGCCAAGCAGAGCACCGGCUUUCGGACGCAGGUCAGCACUCUGCCGGACAUCCACCUUCUGCCCCCGGUGCAGAUUCUCCGUGUCGAGCCUGAGAUCAUGGCGGUGGUGGAGCGCAAUGACACCAGCAGCGUGCCCCUGUUAUACCUGCGAGUCUUCGGGGAGGAGCACUUUCUGAAGCAUGCCGCGCGAAGCCGGACGAAGCGGUGUCGUUUGCAGUGGCAGUUUCCCGGUAUGGAGGAGCGGCUUCUGACAGCACUUGUGGUGAAUGAGACAGAGGUGGUCUGCCAAGUGCCGCAGUAUCUGCUCUACCUGAACGAGCAGGCCUACCUGUCGCUGUCCGUUGACGGCAUGCUCUGGUCGAACUCCCUGCCCGUGUUCUUCAUGAGACAGGUCCGCUUGGAGAUUGCUGGGCCGACUCUGGUGCCCCCUUUCACGCCCAUCACGCUGAACAUCACCGGCACGUUCGAGUCCCUGCAGCAGUAUCAGGCCUGGGUGUGUUCAUAUUCACAUAAUAUAUGCAUAUCCAUGUACUUAGUCUUUAUAUUGUUUAUACUGUAUGUAUGCAUGCAUGCAUGUAUGUAUGUACGUAAGUCUGUGUGUGUGUGUACGUGUGUAUGUGCAUAG